AUGGCCUACACCACGCCCUCGUUGCUUUCUCGAAACUACAACAUUCCGAUGCAUGAACCUGUUCGCCAUCCGCGCAAUAGUAUCUCUGUUGCCGAGUUCCUGGGGCAGUACUACAAUCCCAAUGACUUGGACGCAUUUUUCAAGCUGAUGGGAGUUCGAGAAUGGGGAACAAGGCGGAAGUUGAGCCUCAUAGGAGAGAAUGAACCAAUGGCAGGCUCUGUUCUUGGAGGCGAGGCACAGCUCGAUAUCCAAUACAUCACAUCGCUGGCGGCAAAUGUUUCCACCAUAUUUUGGAGCGUUCCCUCCAUUGAGCUGGCAACGCGUCAAGAACCUUUCCUCGAUUGGCUGAUGCAGUUGGAAGACACGGAGGAUGAAGCUAUUCCACUUGUCCAUUCGGUGUCUUACUCUGACGAUGCCUUGACCAUGCCACUCUGGUUUAAGCGGAGGGUCAAUGACGAGUUCAUGAAGCUUGCUCUCAGAGGCAUCACAGUUCUCGUUGCCAGUGGGGAUGAUGGUGUCAGUGGAAACUUUGUGGCCAAGGAUGGGAAGAAGUACUGCGGUCGAAACAGAGAAGAGUUUCCUUCUUCGUCGCCCUGGGUGACUUCGGUAGGUGGAACUCAACUUGCCCAAGAGAAUGUGCCUGUUUGUGGUUAUACAUCGGAGAAUGUGAUGGUGCAAUGUGCCCAGGAUGGAGAAGUUGUUUGUACAUCAGACAAAGGGGGAGGAAUCACAUCAGGAGGUGGAUUUUCUUCUGAUUUUCUGCGACCAUGGUAUCAACAUGAAGCUGUGGAGCACUAUCUCCAACAAAAGGAUAGUCCAGUCCCUGGCCAAGAUCAGUUGAUGUUCAAUCGCUCCGGUCGUGGGUUCCCUGAUUUGGCCGCCAUUUCCAGCAAUUACCUCGUGCUCAUGGGAGAAGAGCUUGAGGCCAUGUCUGGCACCUCUGCCUCAACUCCUCUCAUUGCAGCUAUGGUGGCACGGUGGAAUGAAGACCGCCUGCAGAAUCGAUUGCCCCCGCUGGGUUUUUUGAAUCCUUUGAUCUAUGAAAUUCUAUCAAGGCAUCCAAGUGCUUUCAAUGACAUCCAGAUCGGUGACAAUCGCUGCUCUCGUUCAACCUGUUGCCCAGUUGGAUUUGGCGCUGCUCGGGGCUGGGAUGCAGUCAGUGGAGCAGGCUCUCCAGAUUUUCAGCUCGUGGCCAAAAUCCUCAGAGAGGACGCCAUGAUGGCUUUCCGCGAUCGAUUUAGUGCAUCACAGCCGGUGGCGAUGGUGGCUUCAGUCCGUGGGGCUUCGAGUGGUCCUGACUGGAUCUAUGUGGCCAUGCUGAUGUUCCUUCAAUCCUUCCUAACUGGCACUGUGGUCUUUGUCGCAAUGGGUGGCUGCCGGCGCUUCAAGCUGGUGGAUGCAAGGAGGCCCCUUUUGGAUGAGCGACAUCCUUGA